GAGACAUCAACUCUGGCUCCGGCAUCACUAACCAACUCUCAAACGGCUCGUACACGAAACGACACGCGAAUCAUCAUCGUAGGAGCCACUUUUUCCGAAACCGAGCCGCGAAAUUUGACGUUUAGAAAUCCGAUUUUUAUGACCUGAAAUUUUCGUGACUUGUGACUCGUUAACUUGUGGGAUUAUCUUUGUGAUUCGAUUGAUUUGAUGAUUGUGAUAUUUUGUGAUGUUUUGUGAUCCCGUUGGUCAAAUGAAACCGCUGAAGUUUCAGCAGUAUGCUUAUCCCUAGACGGUUUCAGCGAACAAGCGUUGCGCUGUCCGUGCUACUCAUUUUUUUCUUAUUAGACAUCAGGAUAGUUUUUUGUGUGAUCAACCUGGGGGCAGAGGUGUUCUGCAACAGAUUGCCAGGUUUAACGCAGAAACAAAGAGAAAUGUGCAAGACGUCGCCGGACGCCAUGGUUGCCGUUGGCGACGGCAUCCGAUUGGCUACGGAGGAGUGCAAAUAUCAGUUCAGGCAUCAUCGGUGGAAUUGUACGGGGAUCGAGAAUCCUUCUUCCUUUGGACACGUGGUUGUCGUGGGAUCAAGGGAAGCGGCUUUCACCUACGCCAUCUCAAGCGCCGGUGUAGCGUACGCGGUGACAGCAUCUUGUGCCAGGGGUAACAUCUCGGCGUGCGGGUGCGCCCCAGGUCCCAAGAUGCGGGAGCCAGGGCCUUCUGGAUGGAAAUGGGGUGGAUGCAGUGUCGACAUAAACUACGGAAUUCGUUUCGCAAGGAAGUUUAUGGACGCCAGGGAGUUCGAAGGAGACGAGAGGAGUCUGAUGAAUUUACAUAAUAAUAAGGCAGGAAGAAAGGCUGUGAAACUGAACCUGUUUACCGAAUGCAAGUGUCACGGCGUCUCGGGCAGCUGCACCAUGAAAACCUGCUGGAAAACCCUCCCGAACUUUCGGCAGGUGGGCGACAGCCUGAUGAAAAAGUACUACAAGGCGAAACCGGUGGCCGCCACUUCGGCUCAACCUGGGCCCAGGGGACUGGACGCGCAGCGCAAGCCCAAGAAGGUUAAUCUGGUGCUGAAGAAGGGCCGGAUACCGGUGAAGAAGAUGCCCAAAAAGUCAGAGCUGGUGUUUUUGCAGAUGUCGCCGAAUUAUUGCGAGAGGGAUUUGGCCAGCGGUUCGUUGGGCACGGUGGGAAGGGCUUGUAAUAGAACGUCAAAAGGUAUGAAUGGUUGCAACAUGAUGUGCUGUGGCAGAGGAUAUAAUACUCAUCAGUUUACCAAAACCGAACAAUGCAGAUGCAAAUUUCACUGGUGUUGUGAGGUUACUUGUGAUACGUGCAGUGAAAAAACUGAAGAGUAUACUUGCAAAUAACCAAGAGCUCAAUGAUUGGAAUCUUUUUUUAUUCCACAAAAGUCUCGAAUUAGUACUUUUAUCAUAUCAAAUUGUAUUUUACUCAUUUAACCCUACUGAUAAAAAAAUUAUCGUCCAUGUAUAUAGUUUUAAUAUAAAAUAUUUCAUAUUUAAGAAUGUGUUAAAAUAACUAAAUUGCAUUAAGUUACCAAAUCCAACAUUCCUUUGUAUUAUUGGUGUUAAACACAUUGUAAAUAGGUUUUAACGAAAAAAAAAAUAAGGUUUUAAUCCUUUUUUUUUUGUUAAAGUACGUGUUUUGUGUAAUUUUUGUACAAAUAUUUAGCGCUUAGCUCCCAGACAAUAUAAUUGAAAUAUUGACAACUAAUUAAGUACCUAUUUAUGUGUAGCUUUUUCCAAUUUAGAUAAGUAUUUAUUUCAGUAAUUUUAUAACUAGUAGAUGUAAUCUAUCUGUAUAUUGGC